AUGUCGGGAGCGAAAACGGCGCAAAUGGCAGUCAUCGACUCGCAUAGUAGCUGGGGAGACAAUCUCGUCCAGGUGUGGGGUCGUGGCCAUGCACCACGAAGAGAAGGGUUCUUUUCAACAUCAGAGGUGUUCACAGCGUCGGAUGGGAGAUCGUACAGGUGGAAGAAUGACUGGGACUGUAUGAUUCUGGUAUCGGAAGAUGGGACUUGCGUCACAUCGUACGAACCUGGGUCUUAUGGUCUCUUUUCUAAACCAUCGCCACCGAAGUUGACCGUGUCAUGGAACGCUGUCCAGAUUGUCGACGAAAUAAUUGCGACCUGGAUAUACAUGCAGCAGAAGAAGAGGACGCGAAGGAAAAGGAGGAACAGGAGAGCCAUUAUGUUCUGA